UCCAAAAUUGUUACUUAGGACCUUUUGAAAAGUUAAGCGAGAUUUCACAACUUCGUGGUGUAGUGUCAUGUGGUGUCAUGCAGUAGCAAAUUUUUCCGGAAUUCCGGAUUUGCUCCAACUGUCGACGUCCGGCGUCCGUCUUCAUCGCGUCUAUUCCAGCACCCACGGAAAGUACCUCGUUGCUGCUGGUAAGGAAAACUAUGUUCCGAUCUUCGAUCUCGCUGCGGGUCCUGCUCAAGAAAUGUGGACAACCGGACUGUCAGCUGAUUCAUACGGCUCUGGCCGGAUCCGGGAUGCUGUGAAUGUGAUCAUUUUCACUUCCUUGUCGCCGUCAUCAAUCGUCGAUGGCCGUCGACCAAUCGAAGUAACUGAGGAAACCAGCAGUGCCUCUGCAAUGGUCAUGGCUUCCGGAUCGUCCCCAAGCAAACAAUUUGUUGAUGUCCAAUCCGACUGGCAGUCGGGGAAUAUAUCGGUUGCAGUACAGCAGAGGGAGUAAAAUGCAUCGACUAUAGCUGGAAGGGCUACUCGCCUUUGAUUUCCCACUUAUUCGUUCUAUUAGUUUGUUGUACUUUUUCACAAUUAAAAACAUUAAGCGGGUUUUAUGGCAUUGACGCAACUUUUGCAUAAACA